CUUGUGGGAACUUUUAAAUCUGGGCAGUCUGCGACUUUGUUUACUACUGGCCACCACCCUGAUCCAUUUCCUUCUAGUGCUUGAUGACUCUGAUAGCUGUUAAAACAGCAGGGACUGAAUGUGUGUAGUGAAACUUACAGGACUUCUCUUGUGCCAGCCUCUGGGAACUACCAUCGCUGCCAACGUUCCCUUACGGCAGCAGCACCACUGACUGAAUAUGAAAACUGAAAAGGCCGUUUAAUUAUAGAUUGGGCCCACCCAAGGCAGAUUUGCAGUGUGACCAAGUGAACAGAGCUGGGAAAACUGAAGUCCAUUUCUAGUUUGCCACUCACUUGUUUGUGUCUUUGAAAAGAAUCUCAAAUUUUCUUUCCUAAUCUCAUCUACAAAAUAAAAUCUUCAGUAUUGUACCAAGAAUUUGUGCAGUCUAGUACAAAAAUGACUUCCCUUGAAGACUUCCAGAGAAAAGAUCUGAAGAUGGUUCAUGGCUAUCCUAUGAUCUAUUCUUUUGCAAACAACUGGGAAAGGAUUGAGGAAUUCCAUAGCAAGCCAGAUGAUAUUGUAAUAGCCACUUAUCCCAAAUCAGGUACCACUUGGGUUAGUGAAAUUGUGGACAUGGUUCUAAAUAAUGGAGAUGUUGAAAAAUGUAAGCGAGAUUUUAUUAAUGUUAAAGUCCCAAUGUUGGAAAUGGCUGUCCCUGGAAUAAGAACUUCAGGUGUAGAACAAUUAGAGAAGACUCCAUCACCCCGGGUGGUGAAGACACAUCUUCCAAUUGAUCUUCUUCCUAAGUCUUUCUGGGAAAACAACUGCAAGAUGAUAUAUUUGGCUCGAAAUGCCAAGGAUGUUGCAGUCUCAUAUUACCAUUUUGAUUUAAUGAAUAACUUAGAACCUCUUCCUGGCACCUGGGGAGAAUAUCUGGAGAGAUUUGUGACUGGAAAGGUGGCAUAUGGUCCUUGGUUUGAUCAUGUUAAGAGCUGGUGGAAGAAAAAAGAAGAACACCCAAUACUUUUCUUAUACUAUGAAGAUAUGAAAGAGAAUCCAAAGCAGGAAAUCAAGAAGAUUGCUAGAUUUCUAGAAAAGAACCUGAAUGAUGAGGUGUUGGAUAAGAUCGUUCAUCACACCUCAUUUGAAAUAAUGAAGGACAACCCUCGGGUGAAUUAUACCCAUCUGCCGAGUUCAGUGAUGGAUCACAGCAAGUCCCCUUUUAUGCGCAAAGGGACUACAGGUGAUUGGAAGAAUUACUUCACUGUGGCCCAAAGUGAGAAAUUUGAUACUAUUUAUAAGAAGGAAAUGGCUGGAACUAUACUUCAGUUUCGCACAGAGAUUUAAAGAGCUUCACUCACAAAUAUGAAGAAAGAAAUGUAGUUUGUUGAAAUGGGUUCUGACUUGAGCAAUCAAAUGAUUAUUUUAAAACUGAUUUUUCAUUAUCAUUAAUCAGGUCCCACAUUUUUUUUUUACUGUUCUGAGAUUCCGUAUUGGUCCUAAUAUGAGGGCUAACCUCUCUCUAUAUGACUUAGAAUUAAUUUCCUGUCCCUAUGAAAGUACUCCACGAAAUGUUGUUUGCACACUGACACUAUAGUUCCUGAAAUUUCCUGUUCCUGAAAAUUUGACCCACUGUUCCACUGUCUCUGUUUCAAAUUGUUCCUUGAGUCAUAGCUCAUCUUGCUGUGCCUCUAUUUGGAUAACAAAGGUUAUAUGGUUCAGAUUUUGGAAAUGUUUCUAUGACUAAGUCCAGAUUAUCCAAAUUUCUAAUAUCUGAGUAUUGAAUUUCUGAACUUUCAAAGACAUCAGUCUCCCUAGGGCUCCUUAGGGCUCUUUCCUGAGAACUGGAGCUCUGCUCUGAAGGACUGGACUGAGAGGCCUGGAGCAUUUUCUUGGGGACACUCUUCCUGGUUUCAACAGUCUCUUCUAAUUUCUGAGAAUCAUCUAUUGCCAUGGUCACUAUUUGAGAACUUCAGUUACUUCAUCUUGUGUCUAAAUAGAUUUUAAUCCUUUAAUAGCACCUUUAACACCCCAGAUAAGGUCAUUGCUGCUGUAAAAAUCUAAACAUUGCCUAAAGAAAAUGCUCUAGACUGAAACUCCACCAUGCUCUUCAGACCCAAAAUCCCCUCUACAUACUGUGCCACAUUAUGCCUAUCAGCUCAGGUUCUUUGGUAGAUGUUUCCUUGAAACAUUUGUCUUCUCAACUCCAACUUUGCCUUAGAGGUAAUUAUUUAUAUCUCUAGGUGUAGAAAUAUUUGCCUGUCCAUUAUAUCAGCAUGUGCCAAAUUACAUGCUAAACCCAUGGUCCCAAAUUCAAGUUUGGUUAAAAUGUCUUGAACUCUCCUUAUUCUGGAGGAGAGUUCUACCACAUUAUAAACAUCUUGAACCAUAACUGAAAUGACUGAGAUAAUUUGUGUUAUAAAAUUUUGCUGUCACAAUCAAUGGUACAUUUUUCAAAUACAUAAAUAAAAACCCUUAGUAUUAUCUCAUUCUAUUUUUCUCUAUUCAAAGCACAUGAUGUAAAGAUAGUGAUAGUAAGUAUCUGACAGUGAUAUGAUCACUUUCUCACAUGUGGUACCUCACUGGUCAAUUCAAGGACUAUUUUCAAGAAGCCCAAGCAUGGCUUAAAAAUUUUCAGCAGGUUGGGCCUC